UAAGACAUACAAACAAAUAAACGAAAAAUGUCUUUUGUUACGCCACAAACCCCAACUAAGAAUAAGCCAAGUUCGUCUCAAGCACAGAGCACCGUUUCAUCAGCCCCACAACACAACCUUGAUGAUAUUAACAUGCUUUUGUACCUGGAUGCCUUGAAGCGAAAAGUGGACAAUGAGAACGCCAUUACUCAAAAAAUUGAAGAAGCCUACAAGACAUAUCAAAAGCGGCGAUUGGAAUACAUUCAUCUAUAUUCAAAAUAUACAGAUUUAGUUAAAAAAGCCCUUACACGAAGAGCUUUGAAUGGGCGGCUAACUCCAAUUGAUCUAUCAACAGCCUCGGCAGACAUGCGAAGUAUUAAGGAAAAACUGAGCAGUGGUAUUGCCACCGAUUACAUCGAAAAACAGGAAUUGGAAAAGUUUAAAUUAUUCCUAGGCUCAGAUGGCAAUCACGAUAAUUUGGAAAAACUUCGUCUUGAAAUGAUGGAACUAAAAAUAGCCACAAAAUCCAUACAAGCCACGAUUGAGGCAACAGAGGCAGCUUUAGACAAUGGAACAAAUCAAGGGCUGGAUCUCUUUGCCAAUGAGUUGGAUAUGGAAAAUUUCCCAAACUUAGCGGAAUUGUAUGAUACGGAAAGUUAAACAAGCUUUCACAUGGGUUUCUUCUAUAGUUUUUAUUUUUAUUCACGAACAAAGGGAUCUGGUGAAUGGAGGACAUGUCGCCGUUCUAGCAUAUGUGCACUAGUUCUUUUGUGUGUGAUGAAAGGGGAAUGUCGAUUUGUUUUCUAUACAAUAAGAAAUAAAAAAAUUAUGAGUUAUUCUAA